AUGAUAACAGAUGCACCAACUACUGAACCAAUGAUUGCCAUGAUAACAGAUGCACCAACUACUGAACCAAUGAUUACCAUGAUAACAGAUGCACCAACUACUGAACCAAUGAUUACCAUGAUAACAGAUGCACCAACUACUGAACCAAUGAUUGCCAUGAUAACAGAUGCACCAACUACUGAACCAAUGAUUGCCAUGAUAACAGAUGCACCAACUACUGAACCAAUGAUUACCAUGAUAACAGAUGCACCAACUACUGAACCAAUGAUUGCCAUGAUAACAGAUGCACCAACUACUGAACCAAUGAUUACCAUGAUAACAGAUGCACCAACUACUAUACUGAACCAAUGA